GCUAUUCGAAUUUCCUCGUCGUCCUCGACGUCGUCGCGUCCGUUCAAUAGUGCAUCCUUCUUUCUUGAUCACCUUCUUGUACGUUGACCACUAGGGGUUCCAGCAUCGGAUGACGGCAGCCUGAUCCGAUCCCAAUGACCUCUUGGCUCCGAUACACCGAGAAUCAUACGAGUCAAAGCAAACGCAAAUCAACCUUAUCUGAUCGAAAUCUUCAGCACCAGUCCCCUCACAGUCUCUCUCCUCCGAGUCUUCCGCACUCUCCACACGUCCAAACGCCGUACCUGGACCCGUGGCUGGCAAGCGUACCUGACCAUCUGACAGAAGUCGUCUUUGCUCAGUCUACUCCCCUCCCUUGUUCCUGGACACCUGGACGUCCUCAGUAUCCGCCUGAGAUCCUAUCGCCAACGCCUCGACGAUAUAUCAUGGACCAACUCAACCCUCUAGGGAACAGCUGGAGGUCCGACGAGUAUUCGCUCAAGGGGAAAGAGAAGGAAGAAAGGUGGAAUAUGGUCCCAUCGAUGAGGCAGACGCAUUCGGGGCUUCCUGAUGAUUCAACGCGUUUGGAGCCCUCGACCGGUCCAUGGGACGCUCCGAAGCGGGCAUUCACUCAUGACAAAGCGCACGGCUCAAGUGGAUCUCGAGGGCCUGGAAGUAUUCGGAUAGGACCUCUGCCGAGCGCGAUUCUGGCCUCCAUCAUGGACACCAGCGCGGGUCGAGACAAAGUCUUGAAAACCAUUCAGUAUACGCUCAAAACGUACCUCUAUCUCUUGUCCCUGAUCGCUAGAGUCAGACCACUGUCGAUAUGGUUCAAAGCGAAUUCAAAGCGGAUGAAGAUAGCCACGGGAUCGUUAUCGUUGACGCGGUGAGUUGGCGAACGGGGGAGUCCCGUUUGUCAGCGGCGUGAUGCGGAGCGGACGCUGAUGCCUGGUGUCGCUUGUGCAAAAAAUCUGAACUCGUGGCCCCUCCUCGUUCUGUCGCUACGCUCUAUGGCCCGUUGCCCCCCCCCCCCCCCCCCCCC